AUGGCGAAUAUCACCGCCGCCGGCGAGGGCAUCACCGGCGGCAUCAAAGGCACUUCUUUGGGAAUGCAGAUCACCAUCGCUACUCUGGCUGGUGUCACUUGGUACAACGCUUUCGAACUGAUCAUCCUCAUCUUCGUCACCUUUUCCCAGUAUCGUGGUCUCUAUUUCUGGAGCUUGUUCGUCUCUUGCGCCGUCGGCUUGAUCCCAUACUCCCUUGGUUUCCUCUUGAAAUUCUUCGAACUCACCACUGCGACAUGGCUGUCGGUGACCUUUCUCACUAUCGGCUGGUGGACGAUGGUGACCGGCCAGUCUAUUGUUCUAUACUCGCGUCUGCACUUAGUCCUCGACAACCAGCGCAUCCUUCGGCGCGUUCUGACCAUGAUCCUUGUCAACGCUGUCUGUCUUCACCUUCCUACCACCGUUCUGACCUAUGGCAGUAACCUCGCGGGAGAAAGACAUGUCCAUCCUUAUAUAAACGGGUACAACGUCAUGGAGAAGAUUCAAAUGACUGGCUUCUGUCUACAGGAGUUCAUAAUCUCGGGCCUUUACAUUUGGGAGACAGUCCGCAUGAUACACCUCGACAUGGACCGCUCUAAGCGCAAGAUUCAGUACCAACUCAUCAUCAUUAACCUGAUUAUCAUCAUUAUGGACAUUGGACUUCUUGUCGCCGAAUACCGCGACUACUAUAUUAUGGAGACAAUGUUGAAAGGCGCCGUCUACAGUAUUAAACUGAAGCUUGAGUUCGCCGUCCUCGGCAAACUAAUCCACCUUGUCCACAAUCACGUCUGGAAACCCGAGUCCUUCUCCGUGCCCCGCGAACUUCCUGAUUUCGUCGAUGCGACUCGCGUCACCUCGGACCUUACCCACGCCCCAACCGCGCAAACACAUACUACCCGAGGACAAUCCUGGAUGGAUGACGAUAUUUCCGUCGCCUAUUUCGAACAUUGCCCGUCUCGCGACCAGAAUGGCAGCGCAGAGAUCCCAAAUUCGUGGGACUCGGGGACACAUAUCAGAAAUCAUGGCGACCAUACAUCAAUCGAUUUCAAUGACCCCUGGUGUCACUACCAGCGCCAACCUGCGAGCAUACCUGAAAAGCCAGGAUGA